AUGCACCCGAACAAACCAGAGCGCAGAGAGCGAGAGUCCCGCAGUGUCCGCCGAAGGACCCGAAGGACCCCGAAGGACCCGAGGGACCCCGAAGGACCCGAGGACCCCGAAGGACCCGAGGGACCCCGAGGGGACCCGAAGGACCCGAAGGACCCCCGAAGGACCCGAACCCGGACCCGAAGGACCCGAAGGACCCGAGGACCCCGAAGGACCCCGAAGGACCCCGAAGGACCCCGACAAGGACCCGAAGGACCCCCGAGGACCCCGAACCCCAAGACCCGAGGACCCGAGGACCCGAAGGACCCCGAAGGACCCCGAAGGACCCCCGAAGGACCCCCGAAGUCCCCGAAGGACCCCGAAGGUCCCCCGACGGCGGCGCGGGCGUCGAGGCCCCGGGCGGCGAGCAGGAAAUGGGUUCCUCUUUGCAGCCUCAGCCCAAGGGACCUUAAGGCCAGGUCCUCUUUAAGUAAUGCUGCGUCCAGGCGGUCCUCUUUAAGGCGAUUAGUCUUCAGGAAGGUCCUCUUUACGCCGGACCGUUCCUCUUAA